AUGGGCCAAAACAACUACACUUCUCUACACGGUUUUAUUCUGCGUGGUUUCUCGGACCAUCCCAAACUGGAGAUGGUCCUAUCAGGAGUUGUCACUCUCUUCUACUUCAUUACGUGGGUGGGCAACACGGCCAUCAUCCUUGCAUCUCUCCUGGAUGCCCGUCUCCACACACCGAUGUAUUUUUUCCUCAGAAACCUGUCUUACCUGGAUCUAUGUUUCACCACCAGCAUCAUCCCGCAGAUGCUGGUUAACUUGUGGGGACCUGACAAGACCAUCAGCUAUGUGGGCUGUGUCACCCAACUCUACAUCUACAUGUGGUUGGGUUCCGCUGAGUGCCUCCUCCUAGCCGUUAUGUCUUAUGAUCGCUUCACGGCUAUUUGUAAGCCCUUGCAUUAUUUGGUCAUCAUGAACCCACGUCUCUGUCUCAAAAUGAUAAUCACAGUCUGGAGCAUUAGUUUGGCUGUUUCUGUUUUAUUAUGUACACUCACUCUGAAUUUGCCUCGAUGUGGAAACAACCUUCUGGACCACUUCCUGUGUGAGUUGCCAGCUAUGGUCAAGAUAGCGUGUAUAGACACCACAUCAGUUGAAAUGUCUGUUUUUGCUUUGGGCAUUGUCAUUGUCCUUACACCGCUCGGCCUCAUUCUGAUAUCCUAUGGCUACAUCGCCAAAGCUGUGCUGAGAAUAAAGUCAAAGGAAGGCCGACAAAAAGCAAUUAAUACCUGCGGAUCUCAUCUCACUGUCGUGUCUAUCUUCUAUGGAACUAUUAUCUACUUGUACCUACAACCAGGUAACAGUGCCUCCAAAGACCAGGGAAAGUUCCUCACUCUCUUUUACACGAUCAUCACUCCAAGUCUUAACCCUCUUGUUUAUACCCUGCGGAACAAGGACAUGAAGAAUGCACUGAGGAAGCUGGUGAGAGCUGACCAUGAAUCUACAAAAUCUAAGAGGAACCAAAAGUCAUAG